AUGCCCCAUUCUGUCGAAGCUGGAGCCGAAGCCAUGUCAUCCCCAAGAAACGUUAAGGACGAACCGAUGGAGGAGGAGAAUGGAAUCCUGGACGAGACCCCCAAUGCGCCAGAGGCCGAUGCCAAGAUGACGGAAUCAGAGGAUGUGAAGAAGGAUAUUAAGCAGCUCGAGGAUUUGUUCGAUGAUGUUGACUCGGACGAUGAGUUUCCUGCAAGUUCUGCGGCUAUUCAGCCCAGUUCGCCUGUUGCUCCCCUAUUUGAUGCGAUGUCGCUGAAGGCUUCAGACCCGGAGGUUAUGAGAAGUUUCUACCAGCGAUUAUUCCCCUGGCGAUACCUAUUUCAAUGGCUCAACCACAGCCCUACACCAACGAACGACUUUGGCAACCGAGAGUUUGCCUUCACUCUACAGAACGAGGCCUACCUCCGAUACCAAUCUUUUCCUACCGCCGAUACGCUCCGAAAAGAUGUUCUUCGAUUGAUGCCUUCCCGUUUCGAAAUCGGCCCCGUUUACACAACCAACCCUCGCGACCGAAAGACACUGCGAAACUCAUCCGCCUUUAAACCUCUUGCAAAGGAAUUGUGUUUCGAUAUUGAUUUGACAGAUUACGACGACAUCCGAACAUGCUGUGACAAGGCGAAUAUCUGCAACAAGUGCUGGCAAUUCAUGACUAUGGCUAUUAAAGUGGUCGAUGUAGCGCUGAGAGAAGACUUCGGCUUCAAGCACAUUAUGUGGGUGUACUCAGGUCGACGUGGUGCUCACGCCUGGGUUUGCGAUAAGAAGGUCCGUAGUAUGGACGAUCAGAAGAGAAGGGCAAUUGCUGGCUAUCUUGAGGUGGUCAGGGGAGGUGCACAGAGUGGAAAGAAGGUCAACGUGAGGCGACCAUUGCAUCCUCAUCUUGCACGAAGUUUGGAGAUCCUCAAGACUCACUUCCAAGAAGACGUUCUUGAGGUUCAAGACCCCUGGGCCUCACCCGAACAGUCUGAGAAGCUUUUACAGCUUUUGCCAAACCAGAACCUCAACGAGUCACUGCGGAAGAAAUGGGAUGCUGCCCCAGGACGUGCCUCGACUUCAAAAUGGGCAGACAUUGACGCCUUGGCAAAGUCGGGCGCCAGCAAGAACCUCGAUGCCAGGCAACUUCUCGAAGCCAAACAGGAUAUUGUCCUGGAGUAUACCUACCCUCGACUCGAUAUCGAAGUCAGCAAGAAGCUCAACCAUUUGCUCAAGAGUCCUUUUGUUGUGCAUCCCGGUACCGGCCGUGUCUGUGUGCCUAUCAACACAAAGAACCUUGAGGACUUUGACCCCCUUAGCGUGCCUACGGUGCAGGGUCUCCUAGCAGAAAUUGACUCUUGGAAGAGCGAAGAGGAAGAAAAUAGUAAGGGCCUGGCCGAUUGGGAAAAGACAAGCCUGAAGCCCUAUAUCGACCAGUUUAGACAUUUUGUCAACGGGCUGAUGAAGGACGAGAAGGACGUAAAGGUUAAGCGGGAGAGAGACGAGGAAAGCAUGGAAUUUUAG